GUAGCGCUAUCCUUGGUGUCUGAAAAUGAGUACUAAACACUGCACUGCGAGGCUGUGCGGAAUGUCGUAGUUGGGUUUAUCUGUUUAUUGCGGUGGUUAAAACGCUCCUAAACCGCUUUUCUAGGGUUCAUUAUCCCUCAACUUUCUGGGUUUACCCUGCUUUUGUUUCUCUUCAAUCCAGCUGCAACAAUUUCUCUGCUUGAUUUUUAACUGAUCAGUUGUAAUAGGUAGAAUGCAACGGGCAGUUCAAGCUUUUACGGUUCAUGGAAAUACUGUGAAAAAUGCGGUCUUGCGUCGUAUUCUGAUUGUCAACCCGGUUAUGCGACCGGUUACUGUUUCCAGAUCAUUUUCAUCUGCUACUAUGGAAGAACAUGGCUUUGAGAGCACGACUAUUUUUGACGUUUUGAAAGCCAAAGGUAAAGGUGCAGAUGGCUCCUGGCUUUGGUGCACUACAGAUGACACUGUGUACGAUGCUGUGAAGUCGAUGACCCAACACAAUGUCGGUGCCUUGGUGGUUGUAAAACCUGGAGAGAAGAAAUCAAUUGCGGGUAUCAUCACAGAGAGAGAUUAUCUUAGGAAGAUAAUAGUACAUGGAAGAUCAUCCAAGUCAACUAAAGUUGGGGACAUCAUGACUGAAGAGAACAAGCUCAUCACGGUCACACCUGAGACCAAAGUUCUGCAAGCAAUGCAACUGAUGACAGAAAACCGUAUUAGACACAUUCCGGUGAUCAAUGAGAGGGAAAUGAUCGGCAUGGUUUCCAUCGGAGAUGUUGUUCGUGCUGUGGUGAGCGAGCACCGUGCAGAGCUGGACCGCUUGAACGCUUUCAUACGGGGAGGAUAUUAGAUGAUGAUGAUGAAAUCUUGUAUGUUUAACCCGUUGGACUUGUUGGACUAAAGCAAGCAAGCCGAGAGCUUGCAAAUGUGCUGUGUUUUUUGAGCGUUUUCUCUCGAGUUCUUCUGUGAACAUGCAAGUGAUGUUGGAAUAAUUUCCGUGUGGACCAAAUGUUCGAUAAUAAACAGUCUCAUGUUGCUUC